GAGGGGCCGCGUGUCCUGCAGAAUGGAGCUGGUAGCUGGAUGCUACGAGCAGGUACUUUUUGGGUUCGCUGUACACUUGGAGCCCAAGGCGAGCGGCGACCAUGAGAAAUGGACUCCCGUGGCCGACUUCACUCACCAUGCCCACACUGCCUCCUUGUCAGCAGUGGCUGUCAGUAGCCGUUUUGUAGUCACUGGGAGCAAAGAUGAAACCAUUCACAUUUAUGACAUGAAAAAGAAGAUAGACCAUGGGGCUCUAGUGCAUCACAAUGGCACCAUAACUUGCCUGAAAUUCCACGGCAACAGGCACUUAAUCAGCGGGGCAGAGGACGGCCUCAUUUGUGUCUGGGAUGCAAAGAAAUGGGAGUGCCUGAAGUCGAUUAAAGCUCACAAAGGACAUGUGACCUUCCUUUCCAUUCACCCGUCUGGCAAGUUGGCCCUGUCUGUGGGUACAGAUAAGACAUUAAGAACAUGGAAUCUUGUGGAAGGAAGAUCGGCAUUCAUAAAAAACAUAAAACAAAAUGCUCACAUAGUGGAAUGGUCCCCAAGAGGAGAGAAAUACGUAGUUGUCAUACUGAACAAAAUAGAUGUCUAUCAGCUUGACACUGCAUCCGUCAGUGGCAGCAUCACAAAUGAAAAGAGAGUAUCUUCUGUUACGUUUCUUUCAGAAUCUGUCCUUGCAGUGGCUGGAGAUGAAGAGGUUGUAAGAUUUUUUGACUGUGAUUCACUAAUGUGCCUCUCUGAAUUUAAAGCUCAUGAAAACAGGGUAAAAGACAUGUUCAGUUUUGAAACUCCAGAGCAUCAUAUUAUUGUUACAGCAUCGAGUGAUGGUUUCAUCAAAAUGUGGAAGCUCAAAGAGGACAAGGGGGUUUCCCCGUCUUUGCUGUGUGAAGUAAACACUAAUGCCAGGCUGACAUGUCUUGGAGUGUGGCUGGACAGAGUGACAGACACGAAAGGAAGCCUGCUUCCAGCUGUAGAACCAUCUCCUGUAAGUAAACAAGAACAGUCCAAAAGGAAAAGAAAGGAAUCUGGCCGUGAAGUCCAGGAGGAAGAAAGGCAGCUAAAACCUGACACGAAGAAAUGCGGUUUAACUGGUGACAGUAAUAAGCCAACAAAAGGAAGCAGCCUGGUGUCAACCAAGAAGAGGAAAACAGUAGAAAUGUUAGAAAAAAAGAAGAGCAAAAAGAAGAAAAUAUGAAUGAUGCAGUGA